CCUGUGAGGGUGAAAAAUCAGGGGGAGAGUGAUUAUGGCCACCAACAAAGUAACUGGCUUAACGGGUCUCUUUGAGGAAGGAUUGCUAUUUUUAUAUCAUGGAUGCCUGGUUUAAAGAAUAAAUCAGUGAACCUGUAGUAAGAAUGAGUUGCCCACUAACAGAAGGAGAAGAGAAGUUGCCACCUGAGGAACUGGAGUGCAAAAUAUGCUACCAGAGAUUUAAUAUUCACAGUCGCAAACCUAAAAUCUUGGACUGUCUUCACAGAGUGUGUGCUAGGUGUCUGACCAAAAUACUUCUCAUUGGAGAUGGAGCCAGCUGUAUUCCAUGCCCAUUUUGCCGCCACGAGACAGAACUUCAUGAGGAAGAAAUCACAGGGCUUCCCGAUGACACAAACGUUAUGUCCAAACUCCUUUUAAAGGACAAAACAGCAUGGAACUCAGACUGUAAAGAAGUGGUGUUAACUCCAAAGAACUUGGCCUCAAGUCCUUCCCACGAAUCUUCCAACUGCUUAGUGAUUACGAUUAUGGAAGUACAACGAGACUCCUCAAGGAUCCCAAGUCAAAGUACUAGCUCUGACUACUACGUGGAGCAUAGCCUGGACUCGGUAUCUGUAAGUUCUCAUAGCCAACCAGAUCAAGAUUUUUUCUCCAAACUCUGUAAUCACGUACCCAGAAUAUUAGUGUGGCUGUUGGGAUUUUUCUACUUUGGCUCCUUGCCUCUUGGAAUCUACCUACUGGUGAUUCAGAAAGUCACCCUGGGAAUUGUGUGUGUCAGUCUUGUCCCUUCCAGUCUAACUGUAUGUCUUGUCUACGGCUUUUGCCAAUGCCUCUGUCAGGGAAUGUGUGACUGCUCUUCAAGAAGUUGAUUGUUAUCAGGUUACUUUCCAUAUAUAUGCAUAUAUGAGUAUAGAUCAUAUAUAACAGAACCUCAAGCUCGAAAAAUACGCUCCUUAAACAUUAUGGGCUAAUCAUUACUUUCAUUCCACUUAAAUGUAAUAUGGAUUAGGUAAGAUUACAAUUAAAAAAUCAGUACAGAUAAUCCUCUUAAAUUCUUGUUCAUACGAUUUUCCCACAGGGUGCACAUUAGAUCCUGGUCAUCUCUUCAUGUGUCCUCUUUACAAUUUUUGUUUUUGUCUUUUUAAAAGAGAAUUAAAAGUUUUAUGGGAUACAUAAAAAUGGCUUAUUCAU